ACGAGAGCGCCUCAACUCACAUCGCUGCGAGCUGUCGGUAAUAAUCGUUGCGUGUCAGCAACCACCCCCUUGGUGGCUGUGGCUCAGAUUGCCUGGCCCCAGUGUUUAAUAGACACGACGAUGACUGUUUACUUCGCGUGAUGCAGCAGCAGCUAAUAGACUGCGAAUUGUGUGCCGGGCGGGUGGCUUGCAGGACAGAUGAAUAAUAACGAUGAUGAUGAUGAUGACUGAACGCUGAGAUGACACCAGCACCUCGGCGCUGCUUCACAGAGCCCGCGGCCAUGAGGACAUGAGACACUGGGAGACACAGCGGAGUGUGCAGAGAGACACAGAUAGACACGCGGGAACACAGGGAGACACAGAGUGACACAGAGAGACACAGAUAGACACGUGGGAACACAGGGAGACACAGAGUGACACAGAGAGACACAGAGUGACACCGACACUGAAAGACACAGACACAGAGAGACACAGACGCAGAGAGACACAGACACAGAGAGACACAGAGAGACACAGACGCAGAGAGACACAGGGGAAGACACUGGGAGACACAGGGUAGACAUUGAGUGAGACAGACACAAUGGAGUGGUAGACAGUGAGUGAGACACACAGAGAGACACUCGGACAGAAGACACCCAUUACGUCUGACUGGGACGAAGCUUUACAGAGAUAAACGACUUAGGAUUUGAAGACAAAUCGUCAAACAGAGAGACAUGUGGAUAUAGGAUUGCCACCAGGGCGAUAGAGACAGUAGCACAGUGAUAAAGAGACCACGGUGCUUUAGGAGACAGGAUCUCUGGUUACAUGGACGGAUAGAUGGCGUGAAAGAGAGAUACACGGUCGAGACGGACUGAUAGCAGAGUGACAGGCACAGGCUGAGAGAGAGGGAGCCUGUGAUAGUGACCCAGCCAGACGUGGUGAUUGAGAAAGAGUGAUAGACACAACGUGAUAAAGACAUUGAGACAUACAGCAGACAAAAGUGUCAAAUACACAUACACAGUGACACAGUGUGAGACAGACACACACAGUAACAUACUGUGAGAGAGACACAUACACAGUGACACACACACAGUGACAGGCACAGUGAAAGACACACACAGUGUGAGAGACACACACAGUGACACACACACAGUGACACACACAGUGUGAGAGAGACACACAUACACAGUGACAGGCACAGUGAAAGACACACACAGUGUGAGAGACACACACAGUGACACACACACACAGUGUGAGAGACACACACACAAUGACACACACACACAUUGACACAGUGUGAGAGACACACAUACACAGUGACACACACACAGUGAGAGACACACACAGAGUGACACACACAGUAACACACAGUGUGAGAGAGAGACACACACAGUGACAUACACAUAGUGACACAAAGUGAGAGAGAGACACACAGUGACACACACAGUGAGCGAGAGAGACACAGUGACGCACACAAAGUGAGAGACACACAAAGUGACACACACACAGUGAGACACACAGUGUGAGAGACACACGCACACACAGUGACACACACACACACAGUGAGAGAGACACACAGUGACACACACAGUGUGAGAGACACACACACAGUGACACACACACAGUGAGAGACACACACACAGUGAGAGAGAGAGACACACACAGUGACACACACACAGUGAGAGACACACACACACAGUGAGAGAGAGACACACACAGUGACACACACAGUGACACACACACAGUGAGAGAGAGAGAGACAUAGUGACAAACACACACAGUGACACACACAGUGACACACACACACAGUGAGAGAGAGAGAGACACACACACAGUGUGACACACACAGUGACACACACACAGUGAGAGAGAGAGAGACAGGGGGAGGGGCGCGCGUGGCAGGAGCAAGGGGGGUGAGAGCGUCCUGCCGGUGCCAGGCACCACAGCACCACGACCUGCUGCCACUGCCGCUGUUGCUGCCACUGCUGCUGCCGCUGCCACACGCGGUGACAAACUUGGUUCGCACGCGCCCAGCACAGGCCCGAGUGUGACAACAACAACAGCGGCAGCAGCAGCAGCGGGGUCCACGAGGCUGCGAGCGGCUGGGAAGGCCCCCCCCCCCCCCGGUGGAGGUGUCGGGAUGAAUCCAGAAAACGAAGACGUCUCGAACGGACGAGACGCCGCGGGUGCGGGCUCGGCCGAGUCGGCGCGCCGGGGGGGCAAGGCGGAGCUGGCCGGCGCUCCCCCGGCCUACACCAACGCGGGCUUCGUGGGCGACCCGCCCCCGUACUCCCCCACCGACCACAAGAGCCCCACGCCGCCGCUGCCGCCGCCGCCGUUCUACCCCGGCCCGGGCGGCCCGUCCGGCGAACUCGGCUACGCAGCGUUCCCGCCGGGGCUCUACCCGGGACCGUACCCGGGACCGUACCCGGUGCCUCCUUCCGGCGUCGGCGUGGGCUACCCGAUCCAGCAGCAGCAGCCGCCGUACCCCGCCUUCGCUGCGGGGCACACGGUGCUGGACCUCAGCGCGCAGGUCCAGGCGCCACCCAAAGACUACCUGCUCGAGUCCAUCCUCGUCACGCUCUUCUGCUGCCUGUGCACCGGCUUCUGCGCCAUCGUCACCUCCAACGAGACGCGCAACGCGUUCCACCGGGGGGACCUGCUGGCGGCGCAGGAGUCGUCGCGACGCACCCGGGCCCUCGUGCUCUUCAGCCUCUCGUUCGGCCUGUGCCUCUGCGUCUGCUGGCUCGCCUUCGUCAUCGUGCAGCUCUACAUGUGAGCGGUGGCGGGCGACGCGGCCCGGCGCGCCGUGUCCCCUCCAGCGCGAGGGGAUCCUCGGUUUGAUCCCCAGUGCUCUCGUCAGCACCGCCUCGAGGAGGUUUGAGAGCCGAGGGUUUGAAAUGGCAGCUCCAAGCGACACCGUGGCUCUUCACAGAGACCCCACGUCUCCUCACAGAGCCCCCGUGUCUCCAUACAGAGCCCCGUGUUUGCUCACAGGCACGCAGUGGCCCCGGCGUGAGAUGAUUCUCAGUUUGAUCUCCAAUGCUCUGGUCAGGCCCUGGGAGAUUUGAGAGCGGGGUUUUAAAAUGGCAGCUGCAAGCGACAUCAAGUGUCCUGACAAGGCAGCCCGUGACCCCAGUAUGAGGCGAUUCUUGGCUUGGAACCGUGGUUCUCUUUAGGACUUUAGCGAUGACGUGGCCGAGCGGUAGCGCACUUGCCACUCGUUGCACAGGUUCGAGGUCACGAGCCCCCUUGGCCGCCCUGGUCAAUACUACGGCCGGAUUAACCAAACGCUACCCAUCUUCCACAACACAGGGGGCGUCAGCUCGGUCGUACGUCGAAGGAUCCCGCGACGUUAUUCCACAAAAUGUGCCAUUAUGUGUCGUUCACGGUCCAAAUUUGGCAAAUUUGAAGUCCGAUUGGAAAUUACCCAUUUGGGUAAACCCACAGAGACGACACCCCCCUCCUGCUGCAGGCUCUCACUGUCUGUGUGGCACAGCGCCUUCGCGACAGACAGCCGUGCACCGUCGGCGAAUACCGCGAGGAGUGAACGUCACCCCUGUGAUCUCAUUUCUUUGGGAGGUGUGGAGAGCAGCGCUUUAAUGGCGGUUCCAGGAAGGGGCUUUUACGACACUGCCCCACAUCCUAUUGUAGCCCAACACCCCACUCCCUACCGCCAUUAAGCGGUCGUAUUUGGCCUCUUAGAUGCUCUCCGUUUUAUACCGAUAGCGGCGGCGUGCGGCUGAUGUGCUGGCCGCAUGCCAAUACCUCUGUCGCAAUCAUUCACCCGCCAUCUCUUUAGCCCAUUGACAGUGGACGCACUGUGUUUUAUAGCUCCAGCAGUGUUUUAUGAGGGCUGUGUGUAAUGCACCACAGACACAAAGAUCCCCGUAUAGUCUUCAACGCGAUUUUACCCAAAAAAACCCUUUAUUAUGGAUAUUGGUCGCGAAAGCCUUCGUGUUAAACGUGAACGGACCCUUGGGGCAAGUGCUGUUAGCGAGCACCUAUGAAGGCCAGCAAGGCACACGAGGGGGUGAGUGGCUACCACCACGACAUCCGCCUUUGUCUCAACAGUGCUGAUAUUUCCACACCACAACAGGUCCUCCUUCGAGGUUGAGUAGACCGAGGGGAGGCCCAGGACUCAUGUAUUCGUCACUGGUGUUGAUGGCUGUCAAUGGGAAUUGAACUUGGGUCGCCGGGUUUGUAGUGCAGCGCGCUAACCGCUAAACUACCACUCACCUCAAUAUGAUACAAGACGAUGCAGAUCACGACAAUUAGACACCAAUACAAAGCCAGGCCACGAAAAUGAGAGGUUAGGACAAUGCCAGGUUGUGACGAUUAGAGACCAAGAGAAUGCCAGCUCGUGACAAUGGGACAACAAGAAGAUGCCAGGUCAUGUAGGAGCAUCAGAGGCCAUGUCCCAGUUGGGGCGGCGGUGUCUUCUGCUCCGUAGCGUCGUAGAUUUAGUUCCAGUAACAAUAGCUGGCUUGCAUGACACAAUGUCUAUACUUUUAUGUUUAUAAUUUAAAACGUGUGAACGGUACAGAAUUAAUUCACAGCGAUUUUCAAUGGACGAGUAUAUGGCACAUGAUAUGAUAAUGUAGGACUGAUGAUGCAUAUAAUGUUGCAUUGUAUAAUGUUGCAUUGUAUAAUGUUGCAUUGUAUAAUGUUAUUCUAAUCGGGUUUGAUGUGAACAAACAGCACUUAGCGUGGGUGACGCUUGAUAUGCAUUUGCAUAAGGAAUGUCUGUUCAUUAUGAACACAUGGGUCGUACAACAUUUUGACGUUUGUAUUCAUACUCGUCAUAAUCACGCGAUCUUAGAUAACAGCAACCAAAGAUGGUUUAAUUAUAUUAAACGUGUAAGAGAAACGGGUAACUUAAGUCGUUUUUUUUUAUGUACGUAGAUGAUUAGAAUGACAUGGUGUUCAAGGUUCCCACUACAAUGUUAUCAUGGUCUUUAUUUAGACUGGGGGAAUCCGAUGAGCUGUAAAGCUCUUCUCCACAGAUGCCCAGCACGUCUGGACAUACACGAAGGGUGCCCAGAAAGUAUUGCCCCACGUUGUUUUGCUCGGCCAGAAUCCAUUGAAGAAUAGUGAAACCUACCGUCAGGAUGAGCAGAUUGAUUUGUUUGAAGGCGCAUUACAAUUCCAAUGUGACCCCCUUCGACCCCGACGGCUUUACGCCAUCGCGCGAAUUCCUUGGCAGUGGCGAAUUCGUUUUUGGGCGACCGCCGUCGUCACCUGCCCUCCCCUUCUGUUCACACCACGGCUGUCUCCAGCGGACGUUUUGGGCAGUGAGCGGUGUGCUUCUAUUGAACGCGGGUUGUUUUGUUUGAAUUAUAAACAUUUUUGAGUAUAUUUAAAGCACGUUUUCAUGUUUGUGUAAUCCCACCAUCAUCAAUAAUAAUAAUAAACACAUUCACGAGAUGUCAGACGACGAUUUCCAGUUGCAGCUCGGAGGCUCGGCAGGGCCAGGCUCAUGGUUCGUUCUCAUCCGGCCGAGGAACCCGAUCCCAGCGGCCUUCACCACCGUCUCGAACACGCAGUGGUGAUGUGAUGCUGCUCCUGUUGCCCAUGUGUUGAAGUAUAAUGUGUGUUACAUAGUAACACACCGUACCGACACGACAAAGUUUGAGUUGCUGUUGGACGUUGCGUAUUGUUACCAACUUAUGUGGGAUACCACAAAAGUACUUUAAUUGCCUAUUUUUUAUCACAUUUUAAUUAAAGGAUACAUUGACAUUCAUUCAUGGAAAUGUCAUGCCAUGAUCAUACGUCACGUGUAGGAAGCCCUCCCUCCUACAUGACCGUGCAAGGCCACGCACGCGCGUCACCCUGAGAUGACCGCGGACGCUGCUGGGUGGGACUGUGCGUGCCCAUCCACCGUACAGCCCAGAUCUGGCACUCUCAUAUUUUCACCUUGUUUGGUUAUUUAAAGUUUGACCUACGUGGACUACAUGUUGAAAAUGAUGCUGCAGAACUGCACAGGAUGAUAUUCGCAGACCGCUUAAAUGGCACCGAUGAAUAUUGAACUUUUUUUCGCACCUUGACAAAGUCCAAAGGGGUCGGGCGACUUAGAUAUUAAGGGCCAACACCGCUGAUAUAUUAGUUUUGAAUCCAGGUUUCAGCCACGACUUGUGGUUAAACUCGGUUCUUGAGUGUACAAAGUUGAUGGUUUCUGCCCGGUCACCAAUGACUGCACAAAUAAAUAUCACAUUAAACUUG